GCUUAGAUAACUUACGCCCAGUUCUACACAAUAUAAAACCUAGAAAAUUCCCUCUUAUUCACAAAAACCUAUGGCAAAGAUGGAGUGUCAACGAAUACUAAGUUUAAUACUGUCUAUGUACGUGUGCGGGACCUUUGGGCAAUUACCAUUACCUGAAAAAGCCUCUAUCGAUAAUAGUUUGUUACCCAGUACUGUGUCAGGUAGAGCGUCCAACGUCCUACGUGACAUUCUGAAUCAGGAAAGUCUGGUCCGCUUCUCUAUGGUUCAAAAAAUACAAAGUCUGGUGAUGGAUGCAAUAGACAGCAAAAACGAUAAGCAACUUAUAAAGACGAAGCUAAGUGAAGUGACGAAGGAUUUACAGGAUAUGGAGACUAGAAACCGAAUAAUGGAGGAAGAAAACGCCAAACUUAGAGAGGAAUUAAAGAUGGUAUAUGGGACGGUGAAUGACAAUAGUAACUUGACAAAGGAAGAAAUUCAAAAUCUGGAUCAGAGAAUGAACAAUAAGACUUCAGCUCUCCACGAUGAAAAUCUUAAACAAGCCUUGAAAAAUUCGGAUUUUGAAAAACAGUUUGAUUUAUUAAAUAAGACCAUAAAGCAAAUGGAAAGAAAUGUUCGAAAAGAUAUAGAGACGUUGAAGUCAUCGGACAUAAGCACAAUGGAGAGAAUAGACACUCUGAAUAAAUCCAGUGUAAUAGAAGUAAACAAGAAUUUCCAAAAAAUAAAAGAACUUGAUGAUAGCUUUCGAAAUAAAAGUCUGGUUCUGGAAAACACUGACCGAGGACUUAGUCAAGGAAUGGAGGCUCUCCAAGAUCAAAUGAAUGAAAUGAACGCGACAUUACAGAUCAGUGGCGAGGAAUUACUCGCCAGACAGAUUAAGAAGAUAGAGGACAAGUUCGAGAGUUUUGCAGUGUCUGUAAAUGAAACGAUCAACAACAAUCGGCGGGUUCUGAAUGAAUUGAACCAGUCCUUGUCAGAAGCGCUUUCAAUGAGUUGUGGUAGUUGUUGGGAAAUUUUACGGAAAUACCCGUCUUAUAAGGGAAGAAAUGGUGUAUACAGAAUAUUCGUAGGCUCUAAAGUAAAGUCUGUUUACUGUGACAUGAGCACUGAUGGAGGAGGGUGGACGGCUAUACAAAGAAGACAAGACGGUUCUACAGAUUUUUACAGGACGUGGUCAGAAUAUAAACAAGGAUUUGGGGAUCCCUCUAAAAACUACUGGAUCGGAAAUGACGCAAUGUAUGAGUUGACAAAAAACAAUGAUCAGGAACUCCGGGUUGAGCUACAAAGAUUUAAUGGUGACAAAGCAUACGCUUAGUACUCCACAUUUUAUGUCGGGGACGAGGACACUAAAUACAAACUCACUGUGUCCGAGUUCUCAGGAACUGCAGGUGACAGUUUGACUUAUAACAACGGAUCUAGAUUUACUACGAACAACCAGGACAACGACAAAUUUAAUCCUAACGACAUCAGGAUUUUCGAAAACUGUGCUAAAGUAUAUCGCGGAGGCUGGUGGUACAGAGACUGUGCCGCCUUCGCAAACCUGAAUGGAGAGUACGGAGGGUCUUCAGUGUAUGGUAGUCAUUACAUGAUAUGGUAUCACUGGAAAGGAUAUAAAGCAUUAUAUCAGACUGUGAUGAUGAUCAGACACAACAACUAGAAUUAAACUAAUGUAUUAUGAAAAAAAAUUUAAAUAAUCAGUUUCAUAAUGAUUAUAAUUAAAACAGUAUAAGCAAUAUUUUAGUAUAAUUUACUUAUCUCACUAAAUGAUGUAGAUUGGUGCAACGGACAGCUACUAUCUGUUUCUUUUAAUAGAAAUUUGUAAAAUUAUCAGUU